CCGGCACCUGCCCCCGGCCCCGCCCCGCGCGGAGCCACCGCCCAGCCGGGCCGAGCCGCCGCGGGAGCUGCCAGCGGAGCCGCGCCCGCUAUGGGCACGGCGCGCGAGGAGAUGCGCCGCGUCAAGGUGCUGCUCUUCGUCUUCAACCUGAGCUUCUGGCUGGCAGGAUUGGCUGUCAUUGCCUUUGGUCUAUGGCUGCGAUUUGGUGGGGUUAUGGCAGAGUUUGCUUCAGACAAAAAGCCUCCAGAGUAUUUCUUCAUUGGACUCUAUGUAUUGGUGGGAGCAGGUGCUCUCAUGACCAUGGUUGGAUUUUUUGGGUGCUGUGGAGCAGCGCGCGAGUCUCAGUUCUUACUUGGAGCAUUCUUUGCUUGCUUGUUGGUGAUAUUUGCAGCUGAGGUCACUGCUGGAGUAUUCGCUUUCAUAGGCAAGAAAGUGGCAAUACAGGAAGUCCAGAAAAUCUAUGAAGACAUUUAUGAUGAAUAUAUGAAAAACCCGGGGAAGGUCAACAGGACUAUCUAUCACUACCACUUAGCUCUCCAAUGCUGUGGUAAAGAUAAUACGGAACAACAAAUGGGAUUACCUUGUCCAGAGAAUAUCCAGAUGCCAAAGAACUGCCUGGUUGAAAUCCAGAAUGUACUUGAUGCUAAUCUGCAUUUAGUUGGAAUUGUUGGAAUUGCAAUUGCUGGCAUCACAAUGCACUGAAUAAAAGGCAGUUUGCAGAGACUUCUAUUGCUUCCCAAGGCCCUCACUCACCCAGAAGGACAAAAACAUCCAAGUGCCUUAUGAAAACAGGAAAGAGUGGUACAAAGAAAUAUGCUAUAAAUUCAGACUUGAACAACCUAACUUUCUGCCGGAGUUGUUGUCUUGUGUUAUCUUGCAGAGUGUUGUUUUCUUUUCUCCUCUGAACAGUGCAUUAGUUUUUCUGAGCAUAACGACUGCUUAUACUCUAGGUUUUACUGCUGUCUGGGUAUAUAAGACAUCUGCACUGCAUAUCAGGAACAGAAUGAUACCAGUCACUGGUUAAAUUCUCUAAGUUAUUGGUAUAUGGAAAUCAAUGUAUUACCAUCUGCUAGUGCUUUCAGCAGAAUCCAGAGAUAGAGCCUCUUUCGUUGUUUCCUGCUGCUGCGAGGUACAUAAUGUAUCUGCAGUACUGUUCAGCAGAUUUCUCUGCAUCUUAGUAACUGAAGGCCUUUUUUAACUCAUUCAAGGACAGAAAAUACAGAUGUUCUGUCAAAGCUGUAAGAAAGUGACAAAAGACUAAAACCCUCCAGGGGAUAAUUCUGAGAGCACAUGCAUUUUCUUCCAGUCUGAUCCAGUCAGCCAGUUUGUUCUAACCUAUAAAAAUGUAAGUAGUUGAUUCCCUUAUUUCUUUUAACAUCAUUAUUCACAUUUACCAUGUCUCUUUUUUUCUGAGUAACUGACUUGAGUGGGACCUUCACUCGUUACAGGAAAAACUCAGCCAGUUUUGAUAUCUUCCAGAGAUUGAACAGGAGCUGAUGAAGCACAGCCCUGUAAUAUCCCUACAAUGAAGAUUCAUAUUUCACUUUAUACUGAAAGUGAUAGUUUUAUAGCAAAAUGUAUUUCAUAUGUAUUGAAAAUUAAAUUAUCUUAAGCCUUCAAAUACUAUCUUUUACAGCCUUUGGAGGCUACUGAUUAACAGCAUCAGACGAUGUUCAUAGAAAUGUACAUAAAUAAAGCUUACCAAUACCACGUCUUCCUCUCUGUUGGUGCUUCUGCCACUACUAGGUUCUCCAAAACACAAACCACUUCCAGUGCAAUGUAUUUGUUUCUAUAGCACAAAUUCUGAUUUUGGACAGAACUGGGGUAUCACCAGUGUAUGACUGCAAAGUCUGUAGCAGCAUUACCUCUAUAGCAGCUUUCUGUAAAGAAAAAAAAAGGGCCGAUGUUCAUUCUGUUGCUGAAAUCAGCUUUCACUUCCCUGUAGCUUAACGUGUUCUGAAGUGGUGUUUUAUCAGUUUUGCCGUGAAUUUGAAGCAACGUUCUAAUAAAGAUAACCUGAAAUAAAAGAC